CGACUCCAGACCCACCAUGGCCAAGUACGAUCGGGCGCUGACGGUGUUCUCACCGGACGGCCACCUGUUUCAGGUCGAGUAUGCUGGUGAGGCUGUGCGCCAGGGAACUGCUGCAGUUGGAGUGCGUGGCAAGACUGCGGUGGUGUUGGGCGUGGAGAAGAAGGCGUCGGCUAAGCUGCAGGACAUGCGGACGGUGCGCAAGAUCGUCAAGCUCGACGACCACAUCUGCGUGGCCUUUGCCGGCCUCCGGGCCGAUGCACGCGUGCUGAUCGACAAGGCCCGGGUCGAGUGCCAGUCGUACCAGCUCAACAUGGAGGUUCCGGCUACCGUGCCGUACAUCGCCCGCUACGUCGCCGGCGUCCAGCAGCGGUACACUCAGCGUGGUGGCAUGCGCCCGUUCGGCAUCUCCACCCUCAUUGUCGGCUUUGACCUCGUCACCAACGAGCCGCAUCUGUACAAGACCGACCCAUCGGGCGCGUUCUCAGCAUGGAAGGCCGCCGCCACCGGCCGCUCGUCCAAGUCGGUUCGCGAGUACCUCGAGAAGAACUAUGACGCCGACGCUGCCGACGAGGACGUCAUCAAGCUGGCCGUCAAGGCCCUUCUCGAGAUUGUCGAUUCGGGCAAGAAUAUUGAUAUCUGCGUCAUGCGUCCCGGUGGUGCCAUCGAGUUCCUUGAGGCCGACGCCAUCUCGGCCCUCGUCGACGUCAUCGAGGCCGAGGCCGAGGCUGAGGCCGAGGACUAGCUCACGCCAGUCCCCCUUUCCUCCCCUCCCCCCUCCCCCUCCCCCC